CAUUUCGUUGGGGGUCUCCAUGGCGACCGGUCGCCUCGGCGUCGGGGAGACCUUAGAGGCUUUGAAUGCGGCCCUGAAGCCCCGUGGCCCACGACCCCACCGUGCCACCGGCCACCCCGGAAGAUCCGUCUGGUUUAAGGAGAGCGGCGCGCGAAACCUUCAGAGCCGCGACUUCCUCGCCCCCAGGGGCGCCCUGAAGGCCCUGUUCCGCGAUGGGCAGGUUCCCAAAGACGUCUUGGAUGCAGUAACGGCACUCGAAGGCCCCGGGGUGCUCCCCGUGCAGAAAUGCAUCCAGACCCAGGCCGGGCUGGUGCUCCGACUAGAGAGGCCGGCUGUCUUUCAGCAGGUCCUCAAUGCUGUCCCGCGGUAUAUCAAACCUCCCGCUUUGCCUUCGGCCGGCGGCAAGGUGAUCAUCUUGGACUGCGUGCCCUUGCAUAGCCAGAAGAAGGUGGGUGCCCUCAGCCUGAACCACCUGAGAGUCAUCCUGGUGGCUGAUCACCUGGCUGAAGUCCUCAGGACCCAAGGGAUGGAAGUGCGGUUAGUCCCAGCCUUGCACGAUGAUCGAAUCAGGUGGUUUCUUCAACAGCUGAAAGUGAAUUGGCCUGCAGCAUCUGCUGAAGGUUCCUUGUCUUCCGAAGCCAGGGCGGCAGCCAAGCAAGUACUCCGCCGGGGUGUUGCCGCCCUGGUUGAACAGCGGAAGUUGGAGGCUCGAGGGCUACCCACCGGGGUGCUGUGCAAAAUACACUUAAAGAAAUUCCUUGAACAGCAGCCGCAUUUGGAAGGUUAUGAUGCCAACCUGGACACUUGCUUAGUGAGAGAAGAGCACCUGGAAACCCUUGUGGAGUUGCAGGAAGCUACUCGGCCCAAACAAUCAAUCCAUCCAAUGGGCCCUAUCCCAAAGGAUGAUUGCACUCUGAUCUAUGUGGUGAGCUGUGAGGAGGAGUUCCAGCAACAGAAAAUUGACUUGAUUUGGAGAUUAUUAAACAUCAGUGCCCCCUUCAAGCAGAAAUACCUCGUCUGUGGCCCGGUGAAAGUUGCUGGUUCUUCUGCACCUCCAGACGCUUUCCAAUACCAUCAAGUCAGGCAGGCCCAGGUGCAUGAAGCCUCGGUGCAGAAACGUGGGAGAACCCAUCUUCAAGAUGAGGUGUGGAAAGAAAACAUCUGUGUCCUCACUGCUGCCACAAUCAAGUUUGAGAUGCUGAGCACAUCCCAUCGGAGUCAGAUCACCCUGAACCUGGGUGCCACCAGCGCCUCCUCCAAAGGAAACAGGAGUGGAACCUUUGUCAUGUACAACUGUGCCCGCCUCGCCACCCUCUUUGAAAACUACAAGCGGGCCGUGGAGCGAGGUUUGUAUCCUGCCUUGCCCUCCACAUCUGAAAUUGAUUUCUCCCUGCUGCACGAAGAGGGAGAAUGGCUUCUACUUUUCAAUGACAUAAUUCCCUUCUCGGAAGUACUCAGUCAACUAGCCAAGCUUCCCGUCUCCAGCCCAGGGAUACGCAUUCCAAUCAGCACCGAGGCGAUCUGUAAGUUCCUGGUGCAGCUGAGCAUGGACUUCAGCUCCUAUUACAACCGGAUUCAUAUACUUAGGGAGCCCCAGCCUCACCUGUUUGGCCAGAUGUUUGCCCGUUUACAGCUGAUGCAGGCAGUGAGGGACGUCUUCCACAGGGCCCUGUCUGCCCUGCACCUCCCACCUCUCAGCCAGAUCUAACUUAACUGGGCAGCCCUUUGGCUCUGGAAGCCCAAGGGAGUCAACGUGCCAACUGUUUUAGUUUAGAUAAGUUGUUUUUAUUUAAGUGUAGUUUUUCCAAUAAGGAUGAGCUCUGUGCCCUGGCUAGGGGCGACCAGAGAAUGGCGUGAAUUUUCCAUUUAUCGACGGAGUCGCCUCGUCUCAGCCGGAAGCAGCUUCCCUUUCUGGUCACGGAUCAUUCUGAAAUAGCUGCUUAAAAUUGAGCAACACUUUGGCUGCACCUAAUGGAGCUUCUUCCAGACGGAAUCUUUUCAGGGAAAAAGGAAGCUGCUGUUUUUGGUAAGCUUCUACCUUUGUCUUCCUUCCUGCGUGGGGCCGUUCCAUGCCAGGGGUUCUAGCAGCCAGGCCGGUACUCACUGCUGACCCCCCUGAGUAGUAAACGACUGGAAACUGAGGCCCUUUACCAUUUCACCAGUUACUUCUCUGCCUCUGAACAACUUGCCGGAAGCAUUGCCUUCCGCCCGUUCCAUUCUACUGACUUUUAUUGUUAUAGACUGAAGUGCAAUGUCGGAGGCUCUGGGUAAACUUGAAAAUGCAGGUAUUUUAAUCCAAAAUUAAAAAGAGACUUUGUUUUAAUG